AUGGCGGCUUUCCCUGUGACAUUGGAACCAACAACGAUCAGCGUUCCGGCAGCUGGAGGCAGCAUCAAUCUGCUACUCACGAAUACCAGCGCUGAGAUCCGCUACAGCUUCAAGUGCAAGUCUACGUGCAAUGAGUUCUACCGAGUCAACCCUGUCUAUGGGUUCGUCGAGUCCGGCACCAGCACACAAGUGGAAGUGCUUCGUCUGAAUGGACCUCCGAAAUCGGACGAUAGGAUGGAAAUCUUGCUCGCGCCCGUCGACCCGGACAUCAACGAUCCACGUUCGUCAUUCAGUGACGGGUCAGAACCAGCGCACAAGUUCGACAUCCCCUUGGCUGCUGUAUGA